AUGGCUGUUGGAGUUAGAUCCCCAUGGAAGGUGUAUUUUGAUGGUGCUACAUAUAGAGAUGGAGUUGGUGCUGGCAUAGUGUUUGUCACUCCACAAGAAGAGGUCAUCCCCUACUCUUUUACCUUGACGAAUCGUUGCUCCAAUAAUGUUGCUAAGUAUCAAGCGCUCAUACUCAGACUAGAGAUGGCUAUCGAUAUGAAGCAAUUGCAAUUACAAGUUUUUGGCGACUCUCAAUUGGUGAUAAAGCAGUUGUUGGGAAGCUAUGAAGUACGGAAGCCUGAGUUAAGACCAUAUCAUAAAUAUGCACGAAAGUUGAUUGGAUGGCUUGGAGAAGUAACCCUACAUCCUAGCAAGAUGCAGAAGAAUAUUGAGAGUCCUGAUGGAACAAUUAAAAUGCAGAGAGGAGGAGUUUCUGAUUCGGGCGGAGAUGGGCACAUUGACACGGGUGAUGGUGCUAUUGGCAGCAUAACAAGUUGUGGUGAUUUUGGUGGAGGAGGUCAUAGUGGUGGUGAUGGAUGUUGA